AUGCGAAAACGACGGGCUAAUGAUGAAAGAGAGAGUGCCCAAAUAGAGAGGGUGGGCGAGAGAAACGAGUGGAAAAAGACAGUUCAAUCGGUAGAGAGUGCGGGAGACGAAGAGACGCAGACGGGUUAA